GGAACUUCGCUGUCAGCUCUACCUCCCGCAAGAAACAGGUGCUCCUCCCCCUAAUCCUCUUGUUUUCUAAUGUCAUUUUCUUCGGAACACGAGCUAAACGAUAUGGUUGUUUAUGGAGUCGGUCCUCCCAAUGAUUUGCCGGGUCAUGAUGUGCUCCUGGACAAUGCCCGGGGUUGUGAGCAUUUCACCUCGGAUCAUUUCAUGGAGAAGAUCCCGAUCUACCUGCCACCGCCCGUCAUGUAUAGUUUACGUGGGGCAAUCCAUCUGAUGCGCCGCCGCCACGAGAAUGACCAUGGUCUGGGUCGAUUCGGUGACCGCUGGGUUACGAUUCCUAAUCCACCCAUUUCUUCCUUCAAAUCUUCCAGUGCUAUGAAGUGGUCCCCGUCCAGUCCAUGUCCAACUCUUACCGGCUGGUGGACGGCUUCAUCGUAUGGUGCAAGGAGAACAAAGUGGACCUGAGUUUGGUUGUCUUUCAUUAUUUCUUCAAAGUUUACCCCCACAAUGCCCACGGAUUCAUACGGUCAACAAUUGCACCGUCCGGAAGCUCUUUUACGGGGCUCCUUCCUCCAUCAAGGAUGAAAGCA